AUGACCUCGUCAAGUCAUCACCAGCAUAAUGUGCCCGGCGGCCCAGUGCCCGUCAAAGACAAAGUCCUCGAGACUGGGGCAGGCUUGAUACAGGAAUUCCAACCUGUCAAGCAGAUUUGCGCACACCUCAACGCCUUCCACACCUAUGCCGACGAGCCCGGUCGACACGUGGAGGCGAACCAUUAUUGCGCGCACCUGACCUCGGAUAUGCGACAGUGCAUAUUGUACGAUGGUCCGGGCCCCGACGCCAAACUCAUUGGCAUCGAGUACAUGGUGACGGACAAGUUGUACGCCGAGCUCCCCGAGGAGGAGCGCAAGUACUGGCACUCGCACGUCUUCGAGGUAAAGUCGGGCAUGUUGAUCAUGCCGGGACCGACCGCGCCCGGAAUGCAGCAGGCAUGGGAGGCGGCCGAGACAGAGGAGAUGAAGGAGGUUGUGCACCUGUACGGCAAGGUGUAUCACCUGUGGCAGACGGAUCGUGGUGACAAGUUACCGCUUGGCGAACCAAAGUUGAUGACGAGCUUCACGGCAGAAGGGCAGUUUGACUUUGAGAAGCAUGUUGGAAAUCGAGACAAGAGAUUCGGAUCUGACUGGAAGAGAAAGAAGGAGCUGAGGAAGAAUGUCAAGGUGCCGGAAAUCCACCCUGAUGCUGAUCAGGCAUGGAAAAGGAGAAACUCUUUCUAG